GAGCUUUGCCAUCUCAAGUCGUCUCAAAAUCCACAUGAGAACUCAUACUGGAGAGACACCUUUCACUUGUCCUAAAUGCCACAAAGGCUUUGCAAUCGCAAGUAAUCUCAAACUUCACAUGGGAGUUCACACUGGGGAGAAACCUUACACUUGCAGUGAAUGUCAGAGAAGUUAUUCUCAUUCCAGUAGGCUCAGGAAACACAUGGCAACUCAUACAGGAGAGAAGUCAUUUACAGAAGAGAAACCAAUUGUCUGCACUGAAUGUCAUGUCAGUUUUUCUCGUGCAGAUAGUCUGAAAAGACACUUGAAAACUCACACUGGAGAGAAGCCUUACACUUGUCAUGAUUGCCAAAGUAGUUUCGCACAACUGAGUUCCCUCAAAAACCAUAUGAGAAUUCAUACAGGGGAAAGGCCAUUCUCGUGCACAGAAUGUCCAUGUAGUUUUUCUCACAUGACCCACCUUAAAAGGCAUAAGCAGAUUCACACAGGUGAGAAGCCCUAUGCCUGCACUGAAUGUCCAAGUAGUUUUUCUCUCUCUGGUCAUCUCAAAGCACACAUGAGGUGUCAUACAAAAGGGAAGACAUAUACUUGCAAUGAAUGUCAGAGAAGUUUUGAUCGUUUAGAUAAUCUUACAAUACACAUGAAGAAUCAAAAAGCUAACAAGGAUUCAGUACAGUACCUUGAAGGUCCCGUGAAAAUAGCAAUGGCAGCUGAAGGCUCAGCAUUACCAAAAACUGAGCAACAAAAAGAAAAUUUAAAAGAGGGAUUCACUGAAAGGAAAGUUGAUGGGUCUUUGAAUUUAGAGCCUUCUACAGAAGUCAAGGAAGAACCAGAAUUUAUUGGCUGUGAUGACUGUGAUGUUGACUAUUCAUGCCAGUUUGUAAAGAGUGAAGGAAACUGUCAGAAUGGUGAGGAAGGUUUUGUGAGCUGUGAUAAAAAAAGUGGAAAGAAAAUAAUUGGAGAAGGAAAUGUACAGUUGCACAUGGUGGUAACAGACGAUUCAGACUCCCUUUCUUGUGAAAAUAUUUUUUGUGAGAAAUUCCCUUAUGAAGCUAAUGAAAAUAAUUGCAAAAAUGUGGAAAUGUUUUCAGCGAACACAGAGAUGGAAGGGGAGCCCGGAAAUAACAUUGAAUACCAAAGCAUUGUUCCUCCUUCAGUUGAGGUGGGAAUUCCCUUGAGAAAACGUAAAAUAAACAUACCUGUCACGUGCUCUGUGUGUCAAAAAAUUUGUAGUAAUAAAGGAAUUCUUAAGGUCCACAUGAGAACUCAUACUGGAGAGAAACCUUACGUUUGCUCCGAAUGCCCAAGUAAGUUUUCUCAUUCAGAUAGUUUGAAUAGGCACAUGAGAACUCACACUGGAGAGGAGAAACCUUAUGUUUGUUCUGUGUGUCCUAAAAGAUAUUCUUAUUUAAAUAGUCUGAAAAUACACUUAAAAACUCAUACAGGAGAGAAAGACUUCACCUGUCCCAAGUGUCAAAAAAGUUUUGCAAUCAAAAAUACUCUCAGAAAGCACAUGACAACUCAUACAAGUGAGAAGCCUUACACUUGCAGUGAAUGUCAAAAAAGUUUUGCUAUGAAAUGUAUCCUCACGAGACACAUGAGAAUUCAUUCAGGAGAGAACCUACAAAGAAGAGGGAAGCUAUUUGUUUGCACUGAAUGUUCAGGUACUUAUUCUUGUGUAGAUUCUCUUAGAAGACACAUGAGAAUUCAUUCCGGAGAAAAACCAUUUACUUGUACGAGUGUCAACGUAGUUUCUAUCAAUCGGGUCAGCUCAAGCUCCAUAUAAGAACUCAUACGGGAGAAAAGCCAUAUCUUUGCACACAGUGUCCUACUAGCUUUUCAGAAAAGAAUCAUCUCAAAAGACAUAUGCGCAUUCACACUACAGAUAAAGCUCAUGUUUGUACUGAAUGUCCAAGUAGUUUUUCUCUCUCUCGUCAUCUCAAAGUACACAUGAGGUGUCAUAUGUGAGGGAAGACCUACAUGUGCAAUGAAUGUCAAAGGAGUUUUGAUCAUUUAGAUAACCGUAGAAUACAUAAUUGGGAGAAGCCUUAUACUCGCAGUAGGCACAAAAGUAGUUUUUUAAUAAAGCAGUUGUUUAACGUAAACAGAUGCAACAGAUACACAUGAGAACUCACGAAGCAAAGCUGCAAUUCUUUUCCACUUUAUCAUGAUCAUUAUUGUCAUGAUCAUAUUGUAGCACAAAAAUAACACUUUGGGUAAGAGCCAAACCAAUGUUUGCAGCAAUCUUCAGAUAUCACCAGAAAGAAAAAGAGUUUAAUUUUCCACCACAGCUUCCUUUUCAGUGAAAAAUGAUUAUUCUCAAUGUGUAUGAUAAAUUGUGAAGACCUGCAGUCUUACACCCCAGGAAUUUUGUUUGGCAUUGCUUGAAUUUCCUCAUGAUUGAUGUCAUCAUAAUCCAUUUUUGCUAUCUUGGUGGUAUUUUCACCUAAUUUGUUUUUUUUUUGAAGAUCAUCAUUUCUCUUGGUCACAUGUUAUGACUGCUUGUACUUGUCUGCAUACAAAUUACAAAUUGCAAGGAGUUUCUCUGAAAAGCUGAUCUCUUCACCUUUUUCCUUGUUAGUCUUGCUGAUCAAUUUAUAUACUUUUGAUAUCUUUCUAAUAGCUUAUUUUUAUUUUGUAAAGUUAUUAUUUCCUCUCAUUUGCAUAUGUAUGUAGUAUUAGGGUUUAUUAUACCCUUGGAAAAUCAGUGCCAUUCCUUGAGUUCAUUCCAGUUUUCCAUUGAUUGCAAUUGCUUCUAGCUUCUUUUUUUGUUACAGAGUUUCCUUGUGCUUACCAUAAUUUAGUCCUUUGAGUGUUCAAGCAUAGUGAACCUUGUCAUAGCUGGUUAUCUGUUCGUUUCACCGUUUCCUUACCUUUCAUAUAUUAAUGUUUAGCUUUCUUUUUCACAGUGUAUUGAAGAGAUGUUUUAAUUAGGCAUUUGCAUAUCACUAGUAAUUAGUGACCUAGCAAAUUAAAUGUUUCCUUUCGCUGGCAUAGACACCGUUGCUACGUGAUACUGCACCUAACUGCUUUAGUAAGCAUCAGACAUUUUUUAUUGUCCACAUAUGAUGUUAUGCUCGAAGAGGUACAACCCAUGGUGUGACUAAUAACCAAAAUGUGUCAGAUCAUGCACCUCUAACAGCUAUUAGUAUAGAUUAUUUAUGGGCAUCAGAUCCAUCUAGGUUCUCUCUCUCAGCACCUCAGUGACUUGAUCUGUAUGGUCUUGGCCUGCCCCCUCAGUGGCCAUGAGUUCGAUUCUCGGGCAUUCCAUUUAGGUGUGAGAUAUGUGUAUUUCUGGUGAUAGAAGUUCACUCUCAACAUAGUUUGGAAGUGACGUAAAGCUGUUGGUCCUGUUACUGAAUAAGCAACAUAAAAACACCAUACAAGCAAACAAUCUAAGUUCUCUUAAAAGUGGUGGGUUUGUGUUAAAACAAGUUUUCAGAAAAUAAUUAAUAUCUUCAUUACAGAUCCACCACUUUGCAAAACAUAUGGCCUUAUGAUGAGUAUGCCAUGAGUGACCAGUUUUCACUUUUAGGAGUGCUGUUAGACCUAGAUGCAUACUUUUGACUGUGGAAAAUUAGAAUUUUUUUUUUAUCUGAAAAUUGCUGCAGCCUUUUGUUUAGUACAUAGUGAGUUUGUCUGUGAAAACAUGUUGUUUUUAGAAAGUGACUUUUUUUUUUUAUGUUAGACGUUCCCUUUAUGUAUUUCCUUACAGGACUGUGAUAUGAGUACUGUUGAGUUGAGUGCUCGCAGAUUCCAUCGCUCUUGAUGAAGUAGAUGGACUAGUGUUUUCUUUACCUUUAUGUACUAAACAUAAUCUGUCGGUUUGAAAAUAUAUGGUAAAACCUGUA